GUCCCAAUCAGUUCUGCUCUUCUGCUCCAGCGGAUAGGUCAACGUAAGCACCCCAGCAACAUGGAUUUCUACUACUCCCCUCGAAGCAGUGGAUCCCGCACCAUUAUCAUGGUUGCCAAGGCUCUUGGACUCGAACUGAACAAAAAGCAGCUGCGUAUCACGGAAGGGGAACACCUCAAGCCCGAAUUCCUUAAGCUCAAUCCCCAGCACACCAUUCCCACGCUGGUGGACAAUGGAUUCGCCAUCUGGGAGUCGCGUGCCAUCGCCGUCUAUCUGGUGGAGAAGUACGGCAAGGACGACUCCCUUUUUCCCAAUGAUCCGCAGAAACGCGCAUUGAUCAAUCAGCGAUUGUACUUCGAUAUGGGCACCCUGCAUGACUCCUUCAUGAAGUACUAUUACCCCUUCAUCCGUACUGGUCAGCUUGGAAAUGUCGAGAAUUAUAAGAAGAUCGAAGCUGCCUUUGAAUUCCUAGACAUUUUCCUGGAGGGCCAGGACUACGUAGCUGGUAGCCAGCUAACUGUGGCCGACAUCGCCAUCCUCUCCAGCGUUUCCACUUUCGAAGUGGUUGAGUUUGACAUCAGCAAGUAUCCAAAUGUGGCACGUUGGUACGCCAAUGCCAAAAAGAUCACUCCAGGAUGGGAUGAAAACUGGAAGGGUCUGCUACAAAUGAAAACAAUGGAGGCCAUCCAUUAUACCAAUCAGUUCUGGUCUUGCCCUCCAUCGAACAACACUCAAAUAACCGAAAUGGAUUUCUAUUACUCGCCCCGUGGAAGUGGAUGUCGCACCGUGAUCAUGGUGGCCAAGGCUCUCGGCCUGGAGCUGAACAAAAAGCUAGUGAACACCUUGGAAAGUGAACAGUUGAAGCCCGAGUUCGUGAAGCUCAAUCCCCAGCACACCAUUCCCACGCUGGUGGACAACGGGUUCUCCAUCUGGGAGUCCCGUGCCAUCGCCGUUUAUCUGAUCGAGCAGUACGCCAAGGACGACACUCUCUUCCCCAAGGAUCCCAAGAAGCAGGCUCUAGUCAACCAACGCCUGUACUUCGACAUGGGAACUCUGUAUGACAGCUUCGCCAAAUACUACUAUCCCCUUUUCCGCACUGGAAAGUCCGGAUCGGAUGAGGACUUUAAGAAGAUCGAGAGCUCCUUCGAGUAUCUGAAUAUCUUCCUGGAGGGCCAGAACUACGUGGCCGGUGACCACCUCACCGUGGCCGAUAUUGCCAUCCUCUCCAGCGUUUCAACUUUCGAUAUCUUUGAUUUCGACCUCACCAAGUACCCGAAUGUGGCCAGGUGGUAUGCCAAUGCCAAGAAGGUGACUCCCGGAUGGGAAGAGAACUGGAAUGGUCUCUUGGAACUGAAGGCAGUAUUUGAAGCUCGUCUGGCGGCGGCGAAGCAAUAAAAAUUUAAAUCAUUCUAUUUAUUUUAUAGCAAAAUAUAUACAAACGUCUUCCUUACCCAAGCUUUACUUCCAAAAUAUAUUAUUUCAAUCAA